CUCCCUGGAUUUUCUGGCCAGUCGCUGCGAGAAUGUCGAGCUGGUCGCUUUCUCCGCUGUUUUUGUUCCUGGCCAUCCACGCCGUUCGUGGAUCUUUGGACCUGCCCAGCUCCUUGGAUCCCGCGCUGCUCGGAAAUGUGGAUGUGGACCAGCUGAGGAAUAACUACCUGCCGCAGGGCUUGCAGAACACCAACGUCAGUCUGGAGGACUUCGAGAAGCUCCUGGAGUCGAAGUGCCAAAAGGCCAACGAGCAUUUGCCGGCGGGAUCGGUUAAUGCCUCCGCCCUAAGCCACUCCCUCCAGCAGGCGGCUUUCAAGUUCAACGAAUGCCUUUCCGGCUUGGCCAAUAUCACCGAGAUCAAGGUUGAGAUCGCCGAGGCCAGUCCCAAGGGAGACCUGGACGUGGUGUUCGAGAAGUACUGCCUCAGGAUGCCGCAGGCCAAGGCCUGUUUGAAGGACCUGAACGACGCCUUCCUGCCCUGCCUCACGCCGGACGAGAAGGUCCACAACGGGGUGCUGCAGAGGAUUGCGGACAAGCUGCUUGAGUUCAUCUGCUACAAGAACGGGGACCAGAUCGCCCUCUUCAUUGCGGAGCAAGGCCCCGAGUGCCUGGAACAGAGUCGCGACGGCAUCGCCGAGUGCCUGAAGACCAACUUUGGCGGCUACCUGCCCAAGGACUUCAGCACGGAGUGGAACCUGCCGCAGCUGGUCCUGGGUCCCAAGCAGUGCGUCGACCUGUACAAUUUCGAGACCUGCACGGUGAGCCUGCUGGAGAAGUGCGAGGUGAUCACGCCGAGCAACAUUGUGGAGUCGAUGUUCCGGUACGUGAGGCGGGAGACCUCCUGCCAGCCGCACAUCGACAGGGUCAACAAGCAGCAGCACCGGAGAGCCCUGCCCUUGGUGGCAGGCGGGUCCGAAUCUGAGUCCGGAUCCGGAUCAUCCCCAUCCUCAUCUCUGCUUCUCACCUGGACCACCGCGAGCCUGCUAAUGGGCACUUUGCUCACCCGACGGGUCUAGCUCUCUGCGCCGUCUCUCUCUCUCUUUUCAAUUUCAUAAUUAUGUUUAAUAAACUUUGCAAAGUCGGACGAGGAGUCUCUGGAACGGAUGGACUGCCGGCCGGCGUAAGCCGCUUAA